UUUGGUGUGGGUAAGGGUCGCUUGGCCGCGCGUACCGCUGCGGCUGCGGCCGGUCGCAGCAGCACGCUGGCGCCCUCGUCGCUCCUGCGUGAAGUGGGUCGCGUGCCCCUUCGCGCCUUGAGCACCCGCCGGGAGGAUGUCGAGCGCGAGGAUGCCUACCUCGUACUCAGCGAUGGAACCUUCUUCCGGGGCAAGUCCUUUGGUGCGCGCGCCCCCGUGGCCGGCGAGAUCGUCUUCAACACCGGCAUGGUGGGCUACCCCGAGUCCAUGACCGACCCCAGCUACCGAGGCCAGAUCCUCACGUGCACCUACCCCCUCAUCGGCAACUACGGUGUCCCCAACCCCGCGACCAGGGAUGAGCUCGGCCUGGCCAAGUUCUUCGAGUCAGAGCACAUCCAGGUGGCCGGUCUGGUGGUGCAGGAGGUCAGCUCGACCUACAGCCACUGGAAUGCCCACUUCUCGCUCCAGGAGUGGCUGCGGGGAGAGGGCAUCCCCGCCAUCGAGGGCAUCGACACCCGCGCCGUCACCAAGAAGAUCCGCUCCGAGGGCGCCGUGCCGGCCAAGAUCGUGUUCGACAGGGACAUCCCGCUGCAGAACAUCUACGAGCGCAACCUCGUCGCCGAGGUCUCCAUCAAGGAGCCCAAGGUCUACGGCAACGGUCCGCUCAAGAUCAUCGCCGUGGACUGCGGCAUGAAGCACAACAUCAUCAGGUCCCUCGUGGGCAAGGGCACGACCGUGAAGGUGGUCCCCUGGAACUACGACUACACCAAGGAGCUCCAGGAGGAGUACCACGGCCUCUUCAUCUCCAACGGCCCCGGCGACCCCUCCAAGCUCACCGCCACCAUCGAGCACCUCCGCCAGGCCAUGGACGUCGGCAAGCCCAUUUUCGGUAUCUGCCUGGGCAACCAGCUGCUCGCGCACGCCGCCGGUGGCAGGACCUACAAGCUGCCCUUCGGCAACCGUGGCCAGAACCAGCCCGUCGUGGACCAGAUCACCGACCUGGCCUACAUCACGCCCCAGAACCACGGCUUCGCGGUGGACCCCACCUCGCUGCCCCACAACUGGAAGCCCUACUUCACCAACGCCACCGACGGCAGUAACGAGGGCAUCCUGUGCACCAACAAGCCCUUCAGCUCGGUGCAGUUCCACCCCGAGGCCAAGGGCGGCCCCUACGAUACCGCGUUCCUCUUCGACAAGUUCCUCGGCCAGGUCAAGGACUUUGCCGACAACAAGACCGUUUCGUUGUCGGCCAACCUGCGCGCUUCCCACCCCAUCAAGAAGGUCGUCGUGCUCGGCUCCGGCGGACUUCAGAUCGGCCAGGCUGGUGAGUUCGACUACUCGGGCUCGCAGGCCAUCAAGGCCUUCAAGGAGGAGGGCGUCAAGACGGUGCUCAUCAACCCCAACAUCGCCACGGUCCAGACGGCCAAGGGCCUCGCCGACUCGGUCUACUUCCUCCCCGUCACGCCCUACUUCGUGGAGCAGGUCAUCAAGAAGGAGUCCCCCGACGGCAUCGCCCUCUCGUUCGGCGGUCAGACCGCCCUCAACUGCGGUGUCCACCUCUACCACACCAAGGUUCUCGAAAAGUACGGCGUCAAGGUGAUGGGCACCCCCGUCAAGUCCAUCAUCGACACCGAGGACAGGGAGCUCUUCGCCCAGCGUUUGAACGAGAUCAACAUCCCCAGCGCACCCAGCGUCGCCUGCGACACCCUCGGCCAGGCCCAUGCGGCUGCCAACAACAUCGGGUUCCCCGUCAUCGUCCGUUCCGCCUACUCGCUCGGCGGCCUCGGCUCCGGCUUUGCCAACAACCCUGCCGAGCUGGAGAGCAUCGUCGUCAAGGCCCUGGGCUCCUCGCCGCAGGUCCUCGUCGAGAAGUCCAUGAAGGGCUGGAAGGAGGUCGAGUACGAGGUGGUGCGCGACAGCAAGGGCAACGCCAUCACCGUCUGUAACAUGGAGAACUUCGACCCCAUGGGCAUCCACACCGGCGAGUCGAUCGUCGUGGCUCCCUCGCAGACGAUGAGCAACGAGGAGUACCACAAGCUGCGCUCGGCGGCGAUCAAGGUGGUGAGCCACCUGGGCAUCGUGGGCGAGUGCAACAUCCAGUACAGCUUGGACCCCAAGUCGGAGAACUACGCCGUGAUCGAGGUGAACGCCCGGUUGUCCCGCUCGUCGGCCCUGGCCAGCAAGGCCACCGGCUACCCGCUGGCCUACAUCGCCGCCAAGCUCGCGCUCGGCGCCGAGCUGCCCGACCUCAAGAACGCCGUCACCAAGGAGACGACGGCCUGCUUCGAGCCCUCGCUCGACUACCUCGUGGUCAAGAUGCCCCGCUGGGAUCUGAGCAAGUUCUCGCGCGUCGACUGGCGCAUCGGCUCCAGCAUGAAGUCCGUCGGCGAGGUCAUGUCCAUCGCCCGCUGCUUCGAGGAGGGCCUCCAGAAGGCCAUCCGCAUGGUCGACGUCGGCAACAAGGGCUUCGAGGCCAAGAAGUGGGUGACCGCGUCGGACGAGGCGCUCCACCAGGAGCUGACGGAGCCCACGAGCCAGCGCAUCUUUGCCCUGUCGGCGGCGCUGAGGCGUGGCUUCACGGUGCAGCAGCUGCACGACCUGACCAAGAUCGACCACUGGUUCCUGGACAAGCUCAACCGGCUGCACAACACGGAGAAGACGGUGCGCGCCUACAAGAAGGACACGCUGCCCGUGGAGCUGCUGCGGGAUGCCAAGGAGCAGGGCUUCUCGGACGUGCAGCUGGGCGAGUUCCUGGGCUGCGGCCACAUGGAGGUGCGCGAGCUGAGGAAGGCCAACGGCGUGGUCCCGGCGGUGAAGCAGAUCGACACGCUGGCGGCCGAGUUCCCGGCCAAGACCAACUACCUGUACACGACGUACAACGGCACGCACAGCGACACGCAGCAGGAGGGCGGCGCGGUGAUGGUGCUGGGCAGCGGCGUGUACCGCAUCGGCUCGUCGGUCGAGUUCGACUACGGCGCCGUGGAGUGCAUCCGCGAGCUGCGGCGCCUGGGCAAGAAGACGAUCAUGGUCAACUACAACCCGGAGACGGUGUCGACCGACUACGACGAGUCGGACAAGCUCUACUUUGAGGAGCUCACGCUCGAGCGCGUGCUGGACAUCUACGACCGGGAGAAGCCCGCGGGCGUGGUGGUGUCGGUGGGCGGGCAGCAGCCGCAGAACAUCGCGCUGGCGCUGCACAAGGCCGGCGUCAAGAUCCUGGGCACGAGCCCGCUGUCGAUCGACGCGGCCGAGGACCGCUCGCAGUUCUCGGCGCUGCUGGACCGGAUCCACGUGAAGCAGCCCGAGUGGAACCAGCUGAGCAGCUUCGCCGAGGCCAAGGCCUUUGCGCGCAAGGUGGGCUACCCGUGCCUGGUGCGCCCGUCGUACGUGCUCUCGGGCGCGGCGAUGAAGAUCGUCAACAACGACCAGCAGAUGGAGGAGUUCCUCGCGGCCGCCGUCGACGUGUCGCCCGACUACCCGGUGGUCAUCUCCAAGUUUGUCACGGGCGCGCGCGAGGUCGAGUGCGACGCCGUGGCCAACAAGGGCACCCUGGUCAACUGGGCCAUCUCGGAGCACAUCGAGGACGCCGGCGUGCACUCGGGCGACGCCACGUCGGUGCUGCCGGCCAUCUCCAUUCCGGACAACAUCCAGGCGCAGAUCAAGAGCAUCUCGGAGAAGAUCACCCGCGAGCUCCAGGUCUCGGGCCCCGUCAACAUCCAGUACCUGGUCAAGGGCGACGAGGUGCUCGUCAUCGAGUGCAACCUGCGCGCCUCGCGCUCCUUCCCGUUCGUGUCCAAGGUGCUCGGCAUCGACUUCCUCCGCACGGCCACGCGCAUCUUCAUGGGCGAGGACGUGCCCGUCGACCCGCGCUGCCACAACAAGGUGCCCCACUACGGCGUCAAGGCGCCCAUGUUCUCCUUCCAGCGCCUCCUGGGCGCCGACCCGAUCCUGGGCGUCGAGAUGGCCUCCACGGGCGAGGUGGCCUGCUUCGGCAAGACCCCCGAGGAGGCCUUCCUCAAGGCCGUGCUCUCGUCCAACUUCAAGUGGCCCGAGAGGAAGACCGCCCUCUUCGCCAACAUCACCCCCGAGUUCGCCCUCCAGGCCAAGGACCUCCACCGCGCCGGCUACACCUUCCUCGCCACCCCCGAGAGCGCCGACCUCCUCGCCCGCGAGGGCGUGCCCGUCACCACCGUCCCGCUCCAGGGCGACUCGGGCUCGGCCAUGGCCCACGUCCAGAACAAGGACGUCGACUUUGUCGUCACCUUCCCCAACCACACCGACGACGAGUUCUACCCGCUCCGCCGCAAGACCGUCGACUUUGGCGUCUCGCUCGUCACCGACCCCAAGGUCGCCGGCAUGGUCGCACGCUCCCUCGCCCAGAUCCACGACCUCGCCGGCCUCACCCCCGCGGCCCACGAGACCUACCUCCGCAACACCCUCUAA